AACAAGCGAAAAUCGGCGCCAUUUCUACCUUUUAUUCACAUUUGGACACUGUGUUUGGCAUCAUCAAACUAAUUUGUUUUGAAAAAUAAAGUGCAGAAACUAUCAUUUUCAAACGGUUUCAUCAAAAAGAAAAUUCUUACGACAAACUAAAAACAUGCGAAAAGAUCAUUUGCACCGUCGUUCCGCUGAGACAUCAACAAAUGAUGCUCCCGAAGUUGGAAAUGGUGAUCCAUUAUCAGGUUCGGCCGAUCCGUUCGAUGUACUAUUAAGUUCAAAAGCCGACGAGAGCCGUUCAAAUGGUAAAGUUCCAUCACCACUGCCUGAUUCUGAUACCGAAAAUGACAAUGAAAAUGACGCGUCAAAAAAUGAAAAUGAAAAAACUGAAACCAAUGGUGACGCUGUAGAGACUGAAAAUGGCGGCGAAGAUGGUUACGAAGUUGAAGACAUCGUUGAUCAUAAAUUCAAAGGAAAAAAGAAAUAUUUUAAAAUUCGUUGGAAGAAUUUUGGUGAAGACGAUGAUACAUGGGAAUUGGAGAACAAUUUAUCAUGUCCAGAAAUUAUUGAACGCUAUGUGGCUGAACAUCCAGAUGCGGUAACCGUUGUCAAAGAGAAGAAGGAAAAGAAGGUACGCAUAUCGUUACCAACAAAGGAACCAACGCGACACACACCAAAACGUACGGCCGCCGAACGUAAGGCUAUUAUCGAUGAUCCGCUUGAGAGUGAUAGCGCUGAUUCGGUUGAUAAGAAAAAAUCGAAGAGAGGCCGACCGAAAAAAGGACCGAGCAAACCAGCAAAAAAACAAGAAUAUGAAGUACAAAAAAUCAUCGACGAUGAACUCCGUAAUGGUAAAAAAUACUAUCGCAUUCGCUGGAAGGGUUGGGGCGCCAAAGACGAUACAUGGGAACCAAAAUCAUCAUUGUCAUGCCCGGAAAUUAUAAAGGCAUACGAAAGCAACAAAACCGAUAACGAGGAAUACGAAGUGGAGAAAAUUGUCGGCGAAAAAAUUGAAUACAAUGUUCGAUACUUUUUGGUAAAAUGGAAGGGUUGGCCCGAAUCAGACAAUUCAUGGGAAACGGAAAAAUCCGUUGAUUGCUAUGAAUUGAUCGAGAAAUUCCGUGAUUCAUGCCGAUCAACAAAUAAAUCCAAUAAAAGAACCGCAAGUACAACACCGAAGGCAUCCAAAGCCAAAAAAUCACGCAAAAGUUUAAGUGACGAUGAAAAUAAUGACGAAGAAGAUGAUGGUGAAGAUAAAAAAGAAUGGGAGGUUGAGAAAAUCAUUAAUUUCCGCAAACGCGCCGGCAAAAAAGAAUACUUGAUCCGAUGGAAGGGUUGCAAGGCCUCCGAAGACACUUGGGAACCAGAGAAUGGUAUUAAUUGCCCCAAUUUAAUCACCGCAUUUUUAAAGAAGAACAAAAAGUAAAGUCCGUUUCAACACGGAACAUCUUCUUUCAUCUUUUUACAUGAAUUAUACUUUUUUCAAUAAUUAUGAUACAUUAACUUUAAUCGCUAAGUAAACGCUCAUUCAUAUAAUACAACUGGCUUUAUAAACAAUCACUUCGAAACCGCAGCUAUGGCUGCUGUAGAUAUUGAUAAAUGGACAAUUUUUUUCGUUAUUGCAUGAUAUAAUAUUUUCCACUACGAUGAUAUGCAUUAUUUUUAAUUUCUUAAAUUGUAUCGCAUCUAUUUCGUAAUAUCGGCUUUAAAUGUUAAAAAUAUAAAUUCUAAUGAUUUAGAAAUUUCAUUUAUUUUAUAUAUGGACAUUCUAAGCCAGUUGUAUUUUAUGAUCUUUCAUCCAUGUUAAUCCUGCGACACAGAAAAUAUUACACAUAUGAACCGCAUAGAAUAAAUCAGCAUUACUAGAUAAAUGUCUUCAAAUGCGUUAUAGAAAAAAGUACGUCAGCAAUAGUGUCAAAAACUGUAUGUGACGCGUUAUAUACAAAAGUUCGCCAACAAAAGCGUGACAUCGUCCAUAUAUUUUAUAACGCUUUUGCUGACUGACUUUUUUCAGUAACGCAUUUGAAGACAUUUAUUUAGUAAUGAUGAUUUAUUCUAAGUGAUUCAUAUUUUCUUUCUAUUUAACUAAGAAAAAUAGUGUAAAUCUACAUAAGUGUAGAUUGUUUUAGAUGAAUUUAGUUUGACAUAAUUGGUACAUAGAUAUAUGUAGAUAUUUCUGAAGCCAUAAACCAACAAAUUUCAAGUAUCUAUUUUAUUCAAAGCAAAACUUCCAUCUGUACGAAUUUGAAAUAUAAUUGCGAAUAAAGUUUAAACAAUACCAAUAUUUGUUUUGGUAAGAUCGUCUGUCGUAUUGAAA